AUGAUGAUUUUCUUAUUUCCUCCAUUAAUUCUAGUUUUAUUCAUCUUCGCUUUCUUCUUCAAAUUUCUCAAAGCCGACGGUGAUCUGACGUUGUUGUCCAAGAAACACGUGAAGCGCGAAGAAAUCGAGGAUAAGGUUUUGUAUCUCAUAUUAGGAGAAAUACUUGCUAAACAACUUGCAAGUUUGGGAGCCAAGCUCAUUAUCUCUGCUAGAAAUGAAGAGGAACUUAAGCGUGUCAAGAAGGAGCUAACUGGAAAACAUGCCCCAGAUGAGGUGAAGAUUUUGCCUCUGGAUUUGUCUCGGGGAGAAGAACAUCUGAAAGAGGCAGUGCAGAGAGCAGAAUCAUUUUUUGGGGCUUCCGGAGUGGAUUACAUGUUCCACAAUGCAGCUUAUGAACGCCCUAAAUCGAUGGCAUUAGAUGUGACUGAAGAAAGCCUCAAGGCGACAUUUGAUGUCAAUGUUCUGGGGCCAAUUUCUCUGACCCGGCACCUGUGCCCUCACAUGCUGAAUCGUGGCAGAGGGCAUUUUGUUGUGAUGAGUAGUGCAGCCGGAAAGACACCUGCACCUGGUCAAGCGGUGUACUCUGCCUCCAAGUUUGCCGUAAAUGGUUAUUUUCAUACACUUCGAUCUGAGCUUUGUAAAAGGGGAAUCAAGGUAACCGUUGUCUGUCCAGGACCCGUGAAGACCUCAACUAGCUCUGAAGCCAGUACAUCCGAACAGAAAGUUACUUCUGAGAAGCGUGUGUCAUCAGAGAGGUGUGCAGAGCUCACCAUAAUUGCUGCAAGUCAUGGUCUGAAGGAAGCCUGGAUAUCAUAUCAGCCUGUGCUUGCGGUCAUGUACCUGGUACAGUAUAUUCCAACAGUUGGGUACUGGCUCAUGGAUAAGAUUGGAGAAAAGCGAGUAGCAGCUGCUGCUCAGAAAGGAAACACGUACUCGUUGAGCUUGCUUUUUGGGAAAAACAAGGCAUCGUGA